AUAGGAGCUGAUGCUGUGGAAGCUCAGUGUAAAAGAUUUGAAGUGAGAGCCAGUGAAGAUGGCAGGGUGCUGUUUUCUGCAGAUGAAGAUGAGAUUACCAUUGGGGCUGAAAAGCUGAAAGUUACAGGCACCGAAGGAGCAGUAUUUGGGCACUCGGUGGAGACACCUCACGUCAGAGCAGAACCAUCUCAAGACCUCAGGCUUGAAUCACCUACCAGAUCCUUGAUUAUGGAAGCUCCUCGUGGGGUCCAGGUGAGCGCUGCUGCAGGUGACUUCAAGGCUACCUGCAGGAAGGAGCUGCAUUUACAGUCUACAGAGGGGGAGAUAUUUUUAAAUGCAGAUACCAUCCGGCUGGGAAAUCUACCAACCGGCUCCUAUUCAUCUUCUUCAACCAGCUCCUCAAGUUCUCGACAGACAGUGUACGAACUCUGUGUCUGCCCCAAUGGCAAACUUUACCUUUCUCCAGCAGGGGUAGGUUCCACUUGUCAGUCCAGUAGCAACAUCUGCUUGUGGAGCUGAAGUGACUGAUUUCUCCUCACACCAGAAUAGCCUUUUGUUCCUGUCCGUCUGCUUCACACUUCUGCUCGGUUUCCCUUGUGAUCAGUCCAGAACUUCUUCCGAUGGUCCACAGAGAGACUUCUUCCAGUAUAAGCAGGGAUCCGCCACCACCUUCUCUUGUGAUUUACCAGACUGCUCAACACAGAGAGUGUGAGUGACAUAGCAGUGGAAACAUCAUCUUCAACAGGAAAACUGGAUCAUAACUUUUGCUCAAAAGGGAGAAUAACAUAGGUGCCUUUGCUACAUGAAGUGAAGCACACAGUUUUAGAUUUUUGCAGAACCUGGAUAUGAACUGCACAUAAAUAUACAUCACAUAGAUGAAAUUCCCAGUAUCCAAUGGCAAGAUGAAAUGGUUAACCCUGUAAGAAAACUAAUUCUACAGUUUGAAAGCACAAUUUUCCAUUCAUCUUUUUGGAUGUAAACUUUUAUCCCCGAAUUUUAAAAUUUUGAAGCAUUAUGUAAUGCUUGCUUUACUAAAAAUUAAAUUCGAUACAUGAUUUUUAACAAAACAAAACAAAAGAAGACAGAAUCCCUCCCUGAGUUUUGUUUCUUUAAAUCCAAUGUGUUGUUACUCUUUGUCUACUAAGUCUAGAAUUUUGUACAUUAGGUAAUUUUGAAAGCACUCAGCAAUAUAAUCUUUACAGAAUUAACAAAAUGCCAUUAUCCUGUCAUUUGUCAUAUCUGGAUGGCCUUAUAUAGUAUUUACUUGGCUAUUGCAUGUGACGUAUUUGCUUUUAACAAAACAUCUAAUUUAUUGCAAGAUAAGAUAGGAUUAAGAGGGAAAUAUCGAUGAUGUGGAAUCCAUAGAUCAUUUCCUUAAAAAUUCACAUGCUACCCUUUACACCUAAAUUUUAAUAGUACAUUUUUGUUUGCUCCAUUCACUUUAUACUUGACUUGGAUUGCUAAAAUUCAAACAUCAUCUAAAUAAAUACUAAUAUGAUACAUAAUGCUGAGAAUGGAUUCACUUUCCAUUGGGAUAUCAUCUUCAGAGUUUUCACUUUUUAAAAUUGAAGGUUUAAGGAGAUUAUAAAUUAAAUAAAAAAAAAAUUCUGACUGAACACUACAAAAGACAAAUGUUAAUAAACAUGUUGAAAGUGUUGUUUACUCUUUUAGAUUCAUAUUUUAAGAAAUUUAGUCACAUUUAUAUUCAGUUGCAAACAUUUAGUCACUUUUAUUAAAAUGUUAAGCUACCCUGA